CCUUUUCAUAAAUUUUAUAGAUGCCUUUUUCCAUUAUUUUGUAUAAUUAACGAUUUCAAAGUAAAUAUUGAUAAAGUUAUUAGUACUUAUGGCACGUGAAUUGUUUUCAAACUCUGGCACUGGUAUUACACUAAAUGAAAGAUUUUCUACGAUUAAACCCAAAAAUCAAACUUUUUUUUCUUCAAGAGGAAGAUCAAUACUAACUCCACUUAUGACUUCCCCUUCAAAUAAUCAAAUCUCACAAAAUUCUUUAAAUACCAAUAUGUAUCAAUUGCCUGUUCAAAAUAGCAUAAGAGGUAGUAUUUCAACACGACUUGGGCGUAUUAGUGUCAAAAAUAGGUUAUCCAUUAAGCCUAAUCUAUCUCAAACAUCAACCCAAUACCUUGCUAUACAACAAUUAAAAACUAGAGCCAAACAGUUACCAAAUACAAAGAGAAUUUUAAAUAAAAAUGUUCUAAGAUUUAAAAAUUUUAACACAAGCUUAGUUAGGAGAAGAUCAAAUAUUAACCAAGCGAUAAACAUGAACUUUUUUAGAGGUAAAGGGAACAGAGUUAUGAAUCGUGGAAAAUUUAUGAAAAAUAAUAUAAGCCAAAAUAUUAGAAAUAAUCGUAAUAUCAGAAAUAACAGCCGCAAUAUCAGAAAUAAUCCAGUUAAAAAAGAACAAUUCAAAAGUGGAUUAGACAUGGAAUUAGAUACCUAUAUGUCUGCAUCAAGGUUUAAACUUGAUAAUGAUUUAGAUUCUUACAUGUCUCAACCAAAUGAUAAUAUUAUAAAAACACACAUGUAGAAUUAUGUUAAUCAUUUUUUUUUACUAAACAUUGAAUGAUUUCUUUUUUGUUUAAAAUAAUAUUUUUAUAUGUGCAUCAAUAAGUUUAUAAAGAAAUUAAUUAAAUACUAUCAAUAAAUAUAUCUGUUCAGAAUAAAA